CUCUGUUUAGAUCAUAUAACGUGUGUCUGUGUGUAUGCGGGAGCUGAAUUUUCAAAAAGGAAUAUCAUGUUACGUAGAAACCUCUCGGCCUGAAUGUGAAUGUAAAGAGUGCUUUAUUAGAAAACUUUUGUUUGUCUCUUUCAGCGCACUAGCUUUAUGUAACUGAAUAAUCACUAUGAAUCCAUCGUCAUUCAGUUUUUCAACUUCAAGUGUGUGCUGGAUGUCUGCUAAUAAGGUAAUGCCAUAGUUCUGAGGACCGGUAGUGAGUGUAGUGUGAAAUGUAUGGUCAUGCUUUAGUUAUCGCUAAUAAAGCGGGAUAGUGGCUGUGCGACUCUGCUUGUUCAACAACGGAGCUGUAGCCACACAUAAGAAAAAAAUAUUCCACAGCUCUUACUUCCUUAAUAUGUCACGACAAUUAACCUUGAGAACUAUGGAUUCAAGGGAAAAGAGAAUUCUACUGCUUACAUUGUGUUUGAGCUAUUGAAAUCAAGAAAUGUGUGUAUGUGCUCCUGGAUAUUUAUGUGAAACUGAUAAAGAGUCGUCACCACUUGAACGCUUUUAAUUAUUACAUGUUCCCUACACAACUUGUACCACUACUACGUGAUACAUAUUUUACUUGCCACCUGACGUGUUUUCAAAGUAUUAACCACGCUUUAAGCACUAUGACUCGAAUGCCGAUGUCACACUGAUGGACCAGUAUCAUUGACCCUUAUGUCACUCUAGUUUAAGCUUUACAGCACCGUGAUCCUCUGUUUAUCUGAGAAGUGUAGCCAACAGGCUAGAAACUCCUCCAUACACUUCCCCAAGGAGGGGAAAGUAUAAGGUGAGGGAGAGACAGCAGUGUGAGAUCGAUCGUCUUGCUCUAUUUCGUGGGCGUCGAUUUGCUCCUUUUUUGCGUGCAUGAUACCGGUUUUGGUAAAAAAAAAAAAAAAGUUCAGUAGUAGCAUCAAGCACCGCCGAUGGUGCCAGUGGUAACAAUCGGCUAAGACCGUUAGAGCAGGAUGUGAAGUUACCUGCGCAUAUGCACCAACGCCAAAGCGUGGAUGAUGUGAACGCUGUUGUGCGACAGCAGAGACAGUGGCAGCAGAUGCUGUAUCAGCAACAGCAUCGGCAGAGUUCAUAUAUCCAGUGGGUAAUUGAAGAAGCUGAGGUGCAACAGGAACAGCAGUGGCAGCAACAACAGUGGUUUCAGCUGCAACAGCAACAACAGUGGCUGCAGCACCAUCAGUGGCAUCAACUGCAGCAACAGCAGUGCCACCAGCUGCACGACCACCAACAGUGACACCAACUCCAGCAGCAGCAGCAGCAAUAGCGUCGUAAACAGUAUACAAAUCUUUCAUUGUAUACGUAAUGUGUUGCGGCCAAUGAGUCUGAGGUUGUUGUAGGUGAUUUAGGGGAACCAAAAUCGUUAAUUCUUUGCUAAGAAUUUCGUACUGCUGCAGUAUAUGACGUAUAUAAGCAGUUUCUUUCUAAAAAAAAUUCAUCCUGUACGCAUUAUGUUGUCGCUAGUGUUGUUGUAAAUGAUUUCGAGGAUCAAAAACAAUAAAACGUUAAUUGUUUCCUUUCCACUAAGAAUUUCAUGUUGUUUGAGUAUAUAUAUCCAUUAAUUUUUGCAUUUCUGUAGUACUGUGUAUAGGUAAUUAAAUUCCAUCAUAUAUG